AUGUUUAGAUAAGCCCAUAAUGAUUCAUGGUAUCCAGCAAAUGUACCUUCCACAGUCCAUCUCGACUUAAUUGAAAAUGGAUUACUCGAGGAUCCAUAUUACAGGGACAAUUUGAUGAAAACCUAUUGGGUUGAAGUACUUGAUUGGGAGUACUAGUCAAAUUUUACAAUUGAUAACCAUACUCUUUCGAAAUAAGUCGUCGAAUUAGUGUUUGAAGGUUUGGAUACUCAUACAAACAUUUCCUUAAACGGAGAGACGAUUGCUUAAACAAAUAAUAUGCAUAGAACAUGGAUAAUUGAUGUGAAAGAUAAGCUAAAAUCAGAUAAAGUCAAUACAUUGAAUAUCUAUUUCAAAUCAUCUCCUAUGUAUGAUUUAGAAGCUGCGAAGAACUUCUUGCCCUUUGUAUUACCAGCUAAUUACUCUCACUCAAGAAAAGCAUCAUAUCAUUACGGUUGGGAUUGGGGUCCAAGAAUCGUCACUUCUGGAAUUUGGAAACCCAUAAAGAUUAGAUCAUAUGACAAAGUAUUGAUCGAUGGGCUUCUAUUCAGAAACUCAAAAAUAGCUAUUCAAAAUCAAAGUUAGGCAGACAUUUUUGGCUUUGUUGAGGCUAAAGUCUCCUAGAAAGGAUCCUAUACUCUUGAAAUAUUUGAUAUAAAAAGUUAAUAAUUGAUUUUUAGGGAUAAUCUCAAUAUUAGCUAAUUUGUAAAUGAGGUAUAGAAAUACAACUUCUCUUUUAAAAUUGUAAAUCCUCAACUAUGGUGGACAAGAAACUUGGGAGAUCCUUAUCUAUAUAACUUCUAAGUUAGUAUCAGAGAUUAAGAUGGCAAUUUGAUUGACCAAAAGACUACUAAGUAUGGGAUUAGAACUGCUGAAUGGAUUUAGACAAAAGAUUAGUAAGGAAAUGGUACAAGCUUCGGUUUGCAUUUAAAUGGUAUACCAGUUUUUAUGAAAGGUGGAAAUUAUAUACCUCCUGAUAUGUUUAUGCCAAGAGCUUUUAAAAAUCCUAAAGCUUACAAUAAGACUAUAUAGGAUGCCAUUGAUGCUAAUUACAAUAUGUUGAGACUUUGGGGUGGAGGCUAAUAUGAGCAUGACAUUUUUUAUGAUAUUUGUGACGAAAAAGGAAUCUUAAUUUGGCAUGACAUGAUGUUUGCAUGUGCUCUUUACCCUGGUACUCCAGAAUUUUUAGAAAACAUUGCAAGAGAGACUAUUGAUAAUGUCAAAAGAUUAAGAAAUCAUCCAUCAAUCGCUAUGUGGAAUGGAAAUAAUGAAGUCCUAAUUGGUUGGAAAGAAUGGGGGUGGUAAGAUCUGUAUACUGAAGAAUAAAGAGUGACAGUAUUUUAAUGGUAUCUUAACAUUUUCAACGAAACUAUUCCAAAUGUACUUAAUGAAGUAGAUCCCGAUAGGUUCUAUUGGCCAACAUCACCAACUUAAUCAGCUUCUCACGAUUUUGACUCUGGGGAUAUUCAUAUGUGGUUAGUUUGGGCUAAUCAAGAGGAUAUUGAAAUUUAUAAUACUCAUGUAGGAAGAUUUAACAGUGAAUAUGGAAUGCAAGGUAUGAUUCCAAUGAGCAGCAUUAAGUAAUUUUCAAUUGCCUCUGAUUGGGACAAAUAAAGUUUUGUGAUGUAACUACAUGAACGACACAUUCAGGGUUGGCCUAAUCUUAACUUUUACAUGGAUAAAUACUAUAGACCCACAAAAGAUUUCGAAAGCCUUGUCUACGCAUCAAUGAUAAUGCAAGCUUAUGCGGUCAAUACUGGAAUUGAAGCUCUUAGAAGAAAUCAACCAUUCUGCAUGGGUUCAUUAUAUUGGCAAAUAAAUGAUGUUUGGCCAGUCUUUUCUUGGGCUUCUGUUGAUUUUUAUGGUUAAUGGAAAGCUCUACACUAUAGAGCUAGAAAAUCCUAUGAGGACUUUACUAUUUUCAUCCAUCCCAAUAAUGAUUCUGCUCUCUCAAAUCUCACUGUGAGCGUAGUUAAUGAUCAUUUAAAAAAUAUAGUUGGAGACUUAUAUUUAGAAAUCCUUGAUUUUAAUGGUACCUAAAUUGACAGAUUGAAAAGAAGCAAGAUUCAGAUAAGCUCAAACAGUAGGCAAACUUAUAGCUUAAGGAGACAGUCUAGACUAAAUCUCAACUUUAAUACAACAUACUUACGUUCUUAUUUCAUCUCUAACAAUCAACAAAAUUAUCUCUUUAUUACAACUUAGAUUCUCUCAAGACCAUUAAAUAUGGAGUUACCUCUUCCAAAUAUUGAAAUUUCAUAUGAUUAUGAGAAUAAUGAGAUGACUCUUAGAACAACUAAUUUCGGAUAUUACAUUUAUAUAUAUCUUGAAGACGAUAUCAAUCUAAAACUAUCCAACAACUUCUUUGAUUUGACUCCAGGUUUCUCGGAGAAGGUCAAAAUUUUAAGCUAUCAUAGACUUGAUCACAUAUAAGAUAUUUUGAAGGUCAAGACUCUCUAUGAUACUUACGAGCAUAACUUGCCUUAACAAAAAAGGUAAUUCCUCAAAGAUGCUCUUGAAAUUUAUCAAUGA